AUCGUGUUAACUAUUAAAUUAAUUUUUUAAAUAAUGGGUAAACACGAAAAAAAGUCGAAAAGCCAUAAAUCUGAGAAACAUAAGAAGGACAAAAAGAAACAUAAGAAACGUCAUUAUAGCUCAAGUUCUUCUGAUAGUAGUACUGGAGAUGAGUGGGUGGAAAAGGAAACUACACCAAAACAAAAAUUUGAAGAGCCCAAGCAGAGAGAGGAUUGGUUUUCACUUCCUGCAAAUUUUACAACAAUAUCAAAUCAUGACAGGAGACGAGAGAGAGAAUUGAAUAAGAGAAAUGAAAAAGAAGAGGAUAAAUACAACCCUAGUAAAAAUGUACGUGAAUUGAAUCCAUAUUGGAAGGAUGGUGGUGAUGGAUUGCCCAGUGAAUUUAAGAAACCAUCAAAUGAUGAUUUUGACAUUGAAUCAACAUCAUCUCAUAAGCAUAAAAGUGUAUCUUCAUCCAAUUGGAGGAAACCAAAAAAUGAUUUAAAUGAACACAAUCAUAAAAGUGCUUCUUCUUCUAAUUGGAGAAAAAAGAAAGAUCAAUCUUCUGUUACAUUAAAAAAUGAAUCAGAUAAUAGAAGAAGCAGUCCUGAAAUGAAUGAAGACAAUACCAUAAAUGAAGAAACAAAGAUAUUAUCAGAUAAGGAAUUAAAUGCUUUAGCUGCUAAAUUAGUUAAAGCUGAAAUUAUGGGAAAUACUAAAUUAAUUGAAGAACUUAAAAAUAAGUUAGAAAUUGCUAGAAAAUUGAGAGAAUGUGGUGUUAAAGAAGAUCAUGAAGUUAUAUUAACACGCACAGAUUCUAAAGGAUUUGCAAGGCCUGUUAAAAUGCAAUCAGAUUAUAAAGAUACUUCAAAGAAGAAGAAACAAAAAGUUGAAACACAUUCAGAUUCCGGCGAUAGAAUGCGUUACUUUGCAGAUGACGAUAACUACUCGUUGAAACAGAUGUUUGAAAAUGAAAAGUUUAAUAGUGCAGAAGAGCAGAACAAUCAAUUUGCGAAAUUAGCAGGGAAAAUUAGAAAGAAUGACGAUAUGGACGAAAUAUUUGCUGAUAACAUAAGAAACAAAGAAUCUGAUGCAAAGGUGGAUAAAAGAAAUACAGACAGAGCAAUUGAUGAGCACCAAAGAAUGACAAAGAGUUUGGACACCUGCAGCAAGUGUUUGCAAUCCACUAACAUGCUGAAACAUCUUAUGGUAUCUAUGGGAGAAACUAUUUAUUUAAGUUUACCUUCAUAUGAACCUUUAACAGAAGGUCAUUGCCUUUUGAUUCCAUUAAGGCAUGUUAUUUCAUGCACCCAAUUAGACGAAAAUGAGUUUUCAGAAUUGAUGAAUUUUAGAAAAAUGUUGACAAAGAUGUACUUAGAUGAUGGUGACGAUGUUAUAUUCUUUGAAACUGCCAUGUUCUUUAAUAGUCAUCCACAUAUGGUGAUAAAUUGCAUACCAUUGCCAAAAGAGGAAGGCGACAUGGCUCCAAUUUAUUUUAAAAAGGCCAUUGAUGAGUCUGAAACUGAAUGGGCAACAAACAAGAAAUUGAUUUCUUUAGCAGGCAAGAAUAUUUGUAAAGUGGUGCCAAAAGGAUUACCUUAUUUUAGUGUAUCUUUUGGAAUGACCGAGGGCUACGCGCAUAUAAUUGAAGACCAGGAAAAUUUUCCCAAAAAUUUUGCCCAUGAAAUUAUUGGUGGAAUGUUGGAUUUACAUCAUAGCAAGUGGAGAAAACCGAAACGGCAGACGUUUGAUGAACAAAGUAAACGAGUUUUAGAGUUUUCUAAAAAAUGGAAGGAAUAUGAUACAAGUUUGACAAAAUACUAGAUUUUUGUUUGA